AUACCAGGGUUCUUCAAGAGAGGAAGAACACAAGAUGACAUACACAGCUCUGCAAAUGCUCAUGGACAACUUGAAGCACCUCAUCUAUGGCAACAAUGAUCCACUCAUCCACAGAAAUCCAUCAAUUUUAUCUCAAAGGCCUCAAUUCCAACUGCUUCAUGAAGAGCUUGGCUCCAUCAUCCAGACCCUUUUCAAUAUCCAUGAAUAUCAUCACCUACAUGAACUCCAAAAUGUCAAAGAUCUCAUGAAAAGGUUCAAAGAUGCAGCAGAAGAAGCACAAGAUAUCAUUGAUAUAUUUCUAUCUGCUCUUCACUUCAGAAACAUAGGAUUUCCCCCUACAUCUGAUGUCUUUAAUACCUCUGUCAAUCUUGAGAAUGUUAUGAGAUCAAUCGAGUCUAUAAAGAUGGAACUCAUGACUAUCAACAUUGAUGACAUGAAGAUGGAUUCGUCUCCAAGUCCAAGAAUCGACCGCCUCAACGCCCAGUCUGCUUCUGGAACAUCUGGCACCAGAAAUCCUUUAGGAGCAAAGAAACCACUGGAAGAAAUUGUAGUCGGGCUUGAUCGUGAUGUUGAGCUCAUACGGGACAAACUUUCUGAAGAUACAAAGCAACUGGGUGUCGUCUCUAUUGUUGGUAUGGGUGGUCUCGGUAAGACUACCCUCGCUACCAAAGUAUUCAAUGAUCGUUUUAUUGUGUAUCAUUUCCACGUUCGUGCAUGGGCCACAGUGUCUCAAACAUAUAUAAAACGGGAUUUCUUGAUUCAAAUUUUGGCAUCCAUGGGUGUUCCACAAGACCUUGAAGAAGCGAGCAACUCUAAACUUCGUGAAAUGUUACACAAGCACCUAAUGGGUAAGAGAUAUUUGAUUGUCAUCGAUGAUAUCUGGAGCACCGAGGCUUGGGAUGAUUUGAAAUCGUUUUUUCCCCAUGACAACACGGGAAGUAGAAUUUUGCUCACAAGUCGCGUCAAUGAAGUUGCUUUGCAUGCGAAACCACACGGGUUCGUCUACUCAUUGCCUUAUUUGACAGAAGAAGAAAGCUGGGGGUUAUUGUGCAAGAAGGUGUUCCAUGGUGAUGAGUGUCCCGAAUGGUUGAUUACACCUGGAAUGCAAAUUGCAAAAAAAUGUCAUGGACUACCUCUUUCAGUGGUUGUCAUGGCAGGAGUUCUAGCAAAAGAAGCAAUAAGCAAGGAUUUCUGGGAAAAAAUUGCUUCGUGUGUCGGUUCAUACAUCGUUGGCGACCAGAAAGAACACUUGGAAACACUAGCUUUAAGUUACCACCAUUUGCCUGAUCACUUGAGAGAGUGCUUUCUUUAUCUAGGAGGCUUUCCAGAAGACUUUGGGUUCGUUGUAGAAAGGCUGAUAUGGUUAUGGGUGGCUGAGGGAUUUAUCGAAGGAGCUGGAAACCAAAGCUUGGAGGAUACUGCAAAGGCUUACCUUAUGGAUCUAGUCGAUAGAAAUCUUGUAAUUGUUGCAGAAAGGAAAUACGAUGGUGAUCUCGAAGCUUGUAAACUCCAUGAUCUUGUGAGGGAACUAUGUGUGGAAAAAGCAAAACAAGAAAGAUUUUUCCUUAAACUAGACCGGCUGCCAUUGUCUUCUCAACUUCUCGAGGUUAUGACCCCAUAUAGGCAAUGUCGCGUGUUCACAAAUCAAAAUAUCGACAAUGUGGACUUUGCUCAUCCGCCCUUUUGUACCCCAAGCAUGCGAUCACUUUUGUGCUUUCGUAAGUCCUACACACGCUUUGAGAUAGGAGAGUAUAUCUAUUCCUUUGCGCUUCUUAGGGUGUUAGAUCUACAAAAGUGUAAACUGCGUUGUUAUCCACAAGGAAUGGCAUUACUCAUUCAUUUAAGGUACCUUGCUUUUUGGCAUUCAAGUUUCCCAUCCUCGGUAUGCAAUUUAUUGAGCCUUCAAACCCUCAUUCUUAAAACCAGUUAUGGUCGUACGACUUUACCCAGUAACAUAUCAGAUUUGAUAAACUUGAGGCAUUUGUGGAGUAACCAGGAGCUUUUUCUUCCUGCUAUUGAAAAACCAAUGAAUUUGCAAUCCAUUUCGAAUGUGGUGUUGGGAGAUGGGGUUGAUAAUUUUGGGAAAUAUUUUCCCAGCAUCAAGAAGCUUGAAUAUACUCUUUUCUCGGGUGAGGAACGUCGCUUUGAAUCACUCCCUUACCUUGAAGCCUUGAAGUUAACGGUUAAGUACCAUAAUAGGAACAAUAUUGAAGCUGAGCCGAUUUUUCUUCAGAUUCGCGUUUGGUUCCCUGCAACUUUGAAGAAACUUACACUUGUACGUUGUUUUCUACCAUGGAGUGAUAUGUCAACCAUUCAACCGUUACCUAGCCUGGAGGUUCUCAAACUAAAAUACAAGUCCUUUGUGGGAACACAUUGGCAUGCAGGUGAGCAGCAGUUUCGACAACUGAAAUUUUUGACACUUGAGAGAUUAGAUAUCAAACAGUGGGAAGCCUAUAGUACAAGCUUCCCAUGUCUCAAACGAUUGGCAGUGUGGUCCUGCGGCGAUCUUGAAGGGAUCCCACUUGAAAUAGGGGAAAUCGCAACCCUUGAGCUUAUUGAAACUGGCAGCCGGAACUACUCUAUUGUGGAAUCUAUCAAAAGAAUUCAAGAAGAACAAGAUGCCGAGGGCAACACUCAGCUGCAGAUCACUGUUGACGGAAUGGAUUUAUCCUUUUAUUUAUCUGGGCAAUGGAAAGAUGACGACAAUAGGAGGAUUCAUUCGAGCUUCGUAGAAUUCUACAACGAAAAUGACCUUUAAUUAAAGAAGGAAAUAUGUUUUGUACCCAAAAGUUUGAUAGAGUAGCUCUUUUCUAUAUAUCCAUCGAAGAGCUUCCCUAUAUGAGGGUAGCUUUCUUUUGGGAUGGCUUUAAGAUAACCAAUUUGGUCGUUGUGGUCGG